AUGAUUCUAUACAAAAAGGAUUGUGAUGGCUUUAGACAAGAAAUAGCUGACCCUAUUCUAAAUAACUCUGUAGUCCUCUGCGGAUCCUUUAAUCCUCUACAUGAAGGGCAUUUAUAGCUCAUGCAUUAAGCAUAGCUCCACUCUGGAAAAAAUCAAAUUAUUUAUGAAAUUUCAGCUUUGAAUAUUGACAAAGGGGAGAUUGAUGAGAAAAGUAUUAACGACAGAAUAGAGCAAUUCGAUAAACCAGAUAUGAAUGUCUUGGUUACAAAAGAGCCUUAUUUCUACAAGAAAGCGCUUAUGAUUCCUAACAGUGCUUUUGUUGUUGGCUAUGAUACUUACAUUAGAUUGAUUGACAUAAAAUAUUAUAUGUACAGUAUAUAAGAACUUGAAAGAGUCCUCUCAAUAUUUAAAAAUACUGGCACAAGCAUUCUGGUAGCUGGGAGACUAAAUUAAUCGACAAAUUUAUUCGAAUAUUUGGAUGAACUGUCGAUACGUUCUGUUUCUGAGUAAUAUAGAGACAUAUUUUAACCAAUAAAAGAAUUCAGAGUAGAUAUUUCAAGUACAGAAUUAAGAAAAUUAAAAGUAUAUGAUUAAUGA